UCAAAAAUGGCUCACGGUCUUUCGGAAGUUCACUGCCAGCCCAGAUGGUAUGCAAAAACCAUAUCGGCAGCCGAAGCCCGAGCGGUACAUUCAGACACUGAGUGAACAUGAGAUAUAAUUUUUUGCUGGUACUUUUACUCAAAACUGCGCCGUCACUAUGCAUAACAAUGACAAGGUCGUCGUAUCGUGCUUGGAGUUGACGAAAUCGUUUCCCGUCUUGAACGUCGCGCAUGACGUUACCACAUUCGGUUCUGCUUGUCAAGAGUGUUCCCUUUACUUUCCUAAUGGCCGAGGAGGAGGCGAAGAAAAACGGUUGUUUAAAGCUCGAUGAAGCCGGCGACAUCUUUAUCAGUGUGGACAAGCUGAACGACUUGAAACUGGAUCCCAAGAUUACGCGCGCUUCCAAAUAUGCCAAAUCUUUAAUGAAGGUCAUUAUGGACCAUGAGAACCUUGCCAUUGCGUACAAUCACAAGCAGAAGGGUGUCGGUUUGGCUAAGGUGCUGGGAAAAAACAACUGGCUCGCUUUCUGGAAUCACGUGAAAUUGCAUCAGCGACGAAUGAUCAAAAGGGACCCGGCAUCCCGAUGGACUGAGACCUUGGACGUGGAAAAGAUCCAGGAAAAGCUGCGGAAAAGCUAUAGCGACCGCAUUCGCACUUUUGCGGAAAUGGAGAAGCUGUUUUCUUAAGGUUUUAGACUUUCGGGUUUUGGACACGUGUUUUUUACAAUAUACAGCCCACUGCGACAUUUAUUUUAUUUCAUCUUCAUGUAUCGUAAUGUGCUGCGUGGUUUUAUUUUGGCAUUGCAGUGGAGCGGUGUGUUCUUGUUUUAGAAUGGUGAAUUAGUUUUCUUCUAAGUGUACUUGUGUUCAGUAUGCAGCGUUAAUUUUGUUUCUGUUAAGGUUAUUAUUUGUCAGUUGUUUCAUUAGUGCUCUUGAUUAUCAAAAUUCGAGCCA